AUGACAGCGAAUCACGCUGCCGAGAGAGAAGCAAAUGCCAAAGAGGCAUCUUUAUCCCCGCCUCCCUUGAAGAAGCGUAAAGUCGAGUCCACUACCACAAAGAGAGCCGUAUCCAGCUUCUUCACCCCGGCAUCAAAGAAAGAACCAGAAAGAAUCACCUGGCGAAUCAUCAACGAAAGUCUGCUCUUUGCUAGUCAUCAACCUGAUACUGCUGAUACGAGAAACCGGCCACGUUCGAAGAGACCAAAGAUUGCAGCAUUUGAUCUUGAUUCUACGCUAAUCAAAACAUCUUCUGGCAAUGUUUUCGCCAAAGAUGCCACAGACUGGCGGUGGUGGCAUUUCAGUAUUCCCAGCGUCCUCAAGGAUCUUCAUGCGGAUGGGUACGCCAUAGUGAUUCUAACCAAUCAGGGCAGUAUCAGUUUGCGUAAUGACCCGAAGACGAUCAAGAGCGAUCAGAGAAGCCUUGCAAACUUCAAAACAAAGGUCGCCUCCGUCUUCAGCCACUUCGACUUCCCAAUCCUUCUCCUGGCUGCUACUGCUCGUGACUGUUACCGGAAGCCCCGGAUCGGAGCGUGGAAGGAGCUCCUAGAUGAUUUGGAUCUCGACGAGGGUAAUGGUCCAGUCUUGCAGUCCUCAUUUUUUGUUGGUGAUGCUGGCGGCCGCGCAGCCAGGACCAACGCCAAAGCAGAUCAUGCAUGCUCAGACAGGGACUUCGCUUCCAAUGUCGGGAUCACUUUCCACACGCCUGAAGAGUACUUUCUCCACGAAGAACCUGUUCCGUUCACAAGGUCCUUCGAGCCACGUACAAUUCUCAACUGCAGCUCUAGCACCUCAACGCAUGCGACUCCAGUGAUCAUUGGCAGAAGGAAUCGAUUGGACAUAGUCCUUAUGUGCGGUAGUCCUGGGUCUGGCAAGUCGACGUUCUACUGGACGAAGUUGAAACCGCUUGGCUACGAACGCAUCAAUCAGGAUACGUUGAAAACCCGGGACAAGUGUGUAAAGGUAGCAUCGGGAAUGCUCGCUGAAAGCAAGUCCGUAGCCAUUGACAAUACCAACGCAGAUGAAGAGUCUCGUGCAGUUUGGGUGCAGCUUGCUCAUAAGUUCGCCGUGCCUAUUCGUUGCGUUCACUUUCCAGCUCCUGCCAAACUGUGCCAGCACAACGACACGGUCAGAGCACUCUCGACCGGCACAUUCAAUCCGGAGAAAAGAAGUAUCCUUCCACAUUCGGCCUUUACGGGGUUCGCUUCUCGAUUCACGGAGCCACAGGUCCGGGAAGGCUUUCAGGACGUUAUCAAGGUUGAAUUCCAGUUCCAGGGUGACGAGGAGCAGCGCCGAGUCUGGAGCCAAUAUUGGGUAUUCUACUUAUGA